AUGUACAGACGACAAAAUAAAAAAGGGACACAUGGGCGUUGGGCUUCUGCCUUCCAGACCAAUCAGUCUUUUGGAUGCCGGGCUGCAUCAGUCCGCUUUCGCUCUGCUCCCCUCCCAACGAUACGAGCUUUGUCUUAUUUGCCCCUUGCUGAUAGCCCCGAUGAGGCAGGCUCGUCCGAUCUGAGGAAGAGCACGCGUUCUCCCGCAGUGCUACUUCACUUCACGGACAUCACAAAGUCGCCUUACGAUUUUGGCUUCGGGCGGCUAAAUUUGGCUAUGGCUUUCUCUGACGACUUUCACGACCGAAGGAGAAUGUUGGAUGGCCACAGUGACCAGGUCGAUGCGACCUCGGUUACCGAUGGUCAGCUACUGGAGAUGGUUGCCAGAUGUGGGAAGCAGCCAGUUGAGGCUGAAAACAACAUAGCCACCCACAGGAUGUUGAACAAAGGCGGCGGAGAUAUCCAAGAACAAGCGACGAGCGAGGCUGAUGGUCUGAGGGUAGGCGGCUGUGCUGUCUGCUGCGCAACCCUAAAGUCCAGUCUCGAGGUCUACGCGAAAAAGGUCAGCAGAGGAGUUGUACGGCGCAAGAAGUUUUUCGCCGAUUCAGGGGAUCGUCUAAAUACUAAGCUGAAUCGCUGCCUCUCUACGAUGGACCUUAUCGCGUAUGGAAUAGGUAAGGCAUCUUCUGGAGAAUCAGUAAGAAAGUGCACAGCCGAAGUAAAGCUUUUCGUAUUGAAAAUGCACAAUUAA